AUGCUUCUAGAGGCCAAGCCUGAGGACAUCACCGCGGUCACCGGGACCCUGAGUGCAGGUACACACCGUGCCCUCCAGUCACACAGCCCACAAUGAGCACCAAUCUCCCAGCUGCUUUAUAGGAAAGGCCUAUGGUACAGCAUGGAGGACAUGCCCCGUGUGCAUGGCUGGAGCCCCGUGUGCAUGGCUGGAGCCCCGUGUGCAUGGCUGGAGCCCCGUGUGCAUGGCUGGAGCCCCGUGUGCAUGGCUGGAGCCCCGUGUGCAUGGCUGGAGCCCCGUCUGCUCUAGCAAGCCUUUACUCUGCUAGGGUGUAAAUUAUAUGUUCUACCACAAACACUUAGGAGUUUAGUUUCCAGUCAUCAUGUGAGUCGUUUUAGUUCCCUCCUGUUUAUUACUUUUAGUAUUUUCUUUGUUUCCUUUCCUCAAAUUUAGUGAACUGUUCUGGGUUAUUGUGGAAAAAAGUGAAUAUGAAAUGGUGUUACGUUUGCAGCGUGUGUGUAUAACUCAUUGUGUUGGCGUAGUACACAGACUUUAGAGUGGCACAAAUAUGCAGUAUCCAAGUUUUGGGGAGAUUUUAAAUUUAAUGGACACUGUAAGUCAACUGAUAUUCAGCCAGUGAAUUCCAUACAAAAUUGGACAAAAUUAAAGGGACACUAUAGGCACCCAGACUACUUAAUGUCACUGAAGGGGUCUGGGUGCAGUGUCCCUAUCCCACUUAGUCCUGCGACGUAAAUCAUAAAAAUUUUAGAGAAACUGCAAUGAUUACCUUGCAGAACUAAGACAGCCACUAGCGGCACUUCCUGGAUCCGAAUGUACUUUAGGUGGCUUAACUGUUGCUGAACAUCCUGCGUGAGGACAUAUCUCUGAAUGAAGUAAACAUGAACACAGCACUAAGAGUUCCACUUGGAGUUUAGUAUAUUUAUUUUAAUGUUUGCUACAGAGCUCCAUGAUGUAGAUUACUGGCAUGAUUUAAGAUAAAUGAAUGUGCCUUUUUAUGAUUUAUAACCGAGGUAGAUAAUGCUGGCUGAGGAUGAUUGUAGUUUAUCACACACUAGGAUAGAAACUUCAUUUGUAAAAACAGCCCCCAAUCACAACUCCUCCUCAGAUAAGCUGGUAUUUAUUAACAUGAUUGCUUGGAUCUGACUUUUACAACUUUUUUUUUUGUGACAGCUUCAGUGCUGUGUCAGGUAGAACCAGUAGGACGAUGGUUCGAAGCCUUUAUCAAACGCAGAAAUAGGAGCGUUUCUGCCUCAUUCCAGGAGCUAGAGGAUGAGAAGGAAUCAUCAGAGGAGUCUGAGGAUGAAGAGUACCAGCUAGAAGAAUUUCCACUAUUAAAAACACUUGAUCCCAAGGAUUGGAAGGUAUAUAUAUUCUCAUUAUCGUAACAGAAAACUGCACUUAGUAUGCAUGCAGAGGAAAAUUUUCAUUUACUGGGAGCUGAAGAUGAAGGCACCCAGUUGCACUAUUGAGAGGUGUAGAUGUAUUCUUUAAAAUGGUUUUAAAUGUUUUUUAUCUUUAUUGAGAAUUAACAGCAAAAGUAAUAACACUAAUGCCACAAGACAGGGGUGCUGAGAUCACAGUAUAAAUGAAGCAUUUCAGGAUAGAACAGUAUUCUAACAAUCGUACAUACAUUUACUCUGUCACAAUAUCAUGCAGCAUAUUUUGAAUGUGAAUUCGAUGGGGGAGGCAAAACAUUAGAGGAUGUACCCCAGGUAGACCAGACUGUCUGUCUGAUUGUUGAAGCAGCUAUCCCAACUGAACUAAACUGAAUUUCGUUAAUGCAUAAUAAAUACAUCUUCUUGGAUUGGAGUGCUUGUGACACUAGCAAUGUUGAGGGGACAGUCAUGGUUUUCCAAUGUUUUGCAAUUCUAUUUUUGUCUCCGUUGGGGACAUGUAGUGCUAAGGUUUGGUGUACUGCGAGUAAGGAUAUGUGUAGCAUGUCUAGGAUAAAUGCUUGAGAUUGGAAAUAUGGUUGUACCUCCAAGAGUUUCUGUAGGAUGGUCUGGAUGCCUGACAAAAGCUCUAAAAAAUGUGGCUCCCAAACAUCUAUGUUGAAACGCCAGCAUUUGUUGGAAUCUGUGAGAUAGAUGUGCUUUGAAUGCUUAGGGGUAAAGUACCACCUAAACCAAACCUUCCUGCUUGUUUCCCAGUGGGAUAAGCAUUCUGAUACCCCCAUCAUAGCUAUUAACGCUUUGGUCCAAUCUUCGACUGGGAGCUUUUCCUCCCGUUGACAGAUGGAGUGCUUCUCUCCGAUGUUUGAGUUAAGAUGUGCCUGAUAGCAUGUGGAUAGUGUUCUUUUUGGUUUUUUUUUUUGUGGUUUUUUUUUGGUGCAUUUGUUAGUUCCCAAACAGGAAAGUGGAGUUUAUGACAUAGAAAUAUGUGUUUCAUGUGGAGGUAGGUAACUAUUUUCCCAUUUGGAAGAGUGAAUUGUGCCCAUAUUUUUGGUUAAGGUAAUAUUUUAGAUUAUAAAAAGCUUCACACUAUGGUGAUGCCAGAGUGGAGUCAUUGUUUUAGGUGGAGGUCCAGCGUGUGUAGGAGCAGUGUUGUAAGUGGAGUGAAGUACACGUACGAGCAUGGCUCCAGUAGUUUAAACACUUUGUCUCCAUGUUUGCAGUGCCGGCCGUAAGGUUGCUAAGACGAAUACAGGUGAGGAACUGAGGUGCGAUGGAGUCCAUAGCAGUUAAGCUUCUGUAUAAGGAGCCAAGUGUGCUUGUUCCAGUUUGUGCCAAAGUGUAGCAUUACCAUUGUGUGGGCUAGUAUGGAUGCUGUGUAGCAGCUUAGAAUGUCUGAGACUCCCAAUCCAACCUGGUUACAGGGGGUACCCAUUGCUAUACGAGGUGGUAGUUUUUUCUGGAUAUGUGAGUUUAUUAUGCAUUGAAAGCUCUGUAAGAGGAUCUUGGGAAGCUUGUUUUGUCAACUUAAAGGGUGAAGUGCUGAAAAUCAGCUUUAAUUAGAUGGUUUAAUUUUAAAUUCACCAUGCUGGAGUAAUACUUAAAGGGACACUCCAUUGCCCAAAUACAGAAUAAUUAUAAUUAAAUUAAAAAAAAAAAAUCUUUAUUUUGUUGUGCACAAGGUUAACAAUCAGACUUUCAAUGCCACAACAGCAAACACACAUUUCAAAAUACAGUGUACUAUGGCAUGUGAGCAGUCUCCACUUUUUUUUAAAUUUAAUUUUUUGUAUUUUUAAGAGAAGCUAAACAGGUUAAGUCAGGAUGUUUCAGUAAAUGAGUAUGCAAAAGUAAAAAUGGAAACAUGCUUUAUAGACUGACACUGGGGUGAAAAAAUAUAAUUGUGAAAAACAGUAAAAGGUAGAAUCAACAUAAUUGUAGAUUAUCCCCCUAGGAGGUAGUGGUGGACACAUACAUAUUAACCACGAGUCCCAAUAAUCCUAUCACACAGCCCGGCUCAGCCGAUGCUCUCAAGUGGUAGGGUGAAAUCCUGUUUUAUGGUGAGAUGCUUCAGGGCAGGCCGAGCAGGUGCCUGUAGGCAUUGCAGCGGCUCCAUCGCUAUUGAGUGACCUGCAGGCGUUGCAGCCCCCUGUGGAGACUUUGAGGUGCUAGGCCUUCAUGUCGUCCAGCGCUUGGACAAUGCAUGCUGCCUGUUCUGCUACCUUGUGGGACCUCUUCCCACGUGUGGAGCUGCACGCUUGUGUUGGGGGCCCUGAUGUGAGGGAGCCAAUGGCUCUGGAGGAGCGGGUUGAGAUAUCCUUAGUUCGAGCCACUGCCAGAAGUCUAGGAACAGCUUAUCCUGGCGGGUGAGUAUAUCUACAGGGUUGGUGUCAGCAGCUGGGAGCUGUGUGGUCGCCGACAUCUUGAGUAGGCCACCGUAGGAAAUGCUCGUAGCCAGGGCCUUCUCUGGUGGAAUCCCCGAUACAAGGGGACGGCCGCAUCCCCUGCCCGAAGCACACCAGGCCGCUUUUGCCAUGGAGGGGCCGACAAGUUUUCUUCGAGUCGCCAAGGUUUGUCUUGCCUCCAUGAUGGUCAGGGUCCGCCCCCAUGAAAAUCACUUUUUUUUUUAGUAGAUAUACCUCAAAUGAAAACUUGCAUGCAUUAAAUAAUGUGUUUUUUUUUUCAUUGGGUGUAUAUCUAAAAACAGCUUGCAAAACCUGCAGGAUCUCUGGUCUGCUACCUUUGCAAGCCCUCCCCUUCUUCCCUAGUCCAGACUUUCUGUGGCUGUCCAAUCACAGACUUCCCAAUGCAGCUCAACUAGAGAAGUGUUUGCAAGGCAAAUGCUCUGGGUUAAUGAUGCCUGUAGAGUUUACCUCUACGAGUUAACGAAAUCGGGCAGUAACAGGACCUGUUGUGUAACCAGGCUAAUCUGUUGAAAUAUGCACUUUUUGUAAAAUGAAAAAAAGAGGACACACUCUUUAUACCAAGCUUCAGCAAGAUAGGAAUUUAGGCGUCUGGAGUGUAAUACACAUAUAUAUUUUCUCUCUUAUAUCUUGUUUUUCCUCUUUCUCCCCCCUCACUCUGUGUCUAUGUUCUAUCAAACCUGUCUUAUCUGCACCAUAUCGCUUUCACCCCUGUAUCUCAACUUUUAAUUCUAUGUGUCGUGUUGCUCAGAAAUGCUUCAUACUUGAGAAAGGGAGGUUCUCCUGAAAGCUUGUCAUUAAAAAUUCUGUUAGUCCAAUUAAAAAGGUAUUACAAGAUACAUAAAUAAAAAACAGAUAAAAUACUUAAUUGUGCUGGUAGUCUACCUCUGAAUUCAUGAAGCUUUGUGUGUGUUGUUUUUUUUUUCCUCUGUAGAACCAAGAUCAUUAUGCUGUGCUUGGGUUGAAGAAUUUGAGGUACAAAGCCACACAGAAGCAGAUUAAAGCAGCCCGUAAGUAAUAUUACAUUAUAGCUAACCAGAGAUAAGAUAUGAUCAUCUAACUUCUGUGUUAUUGUCCCUAAUGUACGGAUCUGAUAAUUGAGCAUACAAUGCUUAUUUAUGACAAUGCAGGGUUGCUGUGGUUUAUUUUUCUUGAAUACUAUUUAGAGAAGAUCCUAUAUAAAUUUUAGCCUUGGAAAGAUUAAAGCCAUUAAUCUUCCACUUGUUGAAUGUCAUUUUAACAAAUGAUUCCUCAGAAUUAUUUCAAACGCUGUUUGUGAUACUUGUUAUUUCAUACAAUUCUAAAAAAAAAAAAGGAACGUUGAACUGAAUAAAUAAAAUUAAAUGUUUUUCUCUUAGAUAAAGCAAUGGUUCUGAAACACCAUCCUGAUAAGAGAAAGGCAGCUGGGGAGCAGAUCGUUGAGGGUGACAAUGACUACUUCACGUGCAUCACUAAAGGUGAGGUUAAAGGAUGUGAUGUGUUCAGGUUAAUACACCCACAGAUUUAUUCUUUAGAUAAACAGGAGAAGUAGAAAAGCUCAGCAUUAAGAAAUAUUUAAAUGCGCCUUUAUUUCCUUCUGUGUAGUAUAGUUUUUUCACUUUAAUUGAAUCUAAAUUUUCUAAGGUAUGUUUUUAUUUUAUUUUAUUUCUACUUUUUUGUUCCACGUCAUACAAUGUUGUUCUUUAAAAGCAGAAUUUGCCAGGGCAAAAAUGUAUCAUUACUAAAUGAGCUACAAACAAUACUUUGUAGAAAAGUGAUAACUCUUUUGUGUCUGUGUUUACCAACAUGUAGCAUAUGAAAUUUUAUCCGACCCAUUGAAGAGAAGAGCAUUCAACAGCAUUGACCCAACCUUUGAUAAUUCAAUCCCAUCCAAGAAUGAAGGCAGAGACAACUUCUUCGAAGUGUUUAAUCCUGUGUUUGACAGAAAUAGCAGGUAAAAUACAAGAUACAAAACAGAUUUAAAGAAAAAAAAAAAAAACCUAAAUGUCACGGAAAGAGUACAGCACUUUAUGAACACAUUUAUUCCCUAAAUGCACAUCAAUACAGGGCAUUCUAUAUAUUCCUGGACUUAUAUUUAAACUUGAUUACCCUUUGGUUGUAUAUUUCAGGUGGUCGAACACAAAAAAUGUCCCAAAACUUGGAGAUAUGAAAACCUCUAUUGAAGACGUAGAUUCAUUUUAUUCUUUCUGGUGAGUUGCUUUUCUGCUGGGUGGUGGGUAUAAAUGUAUAUUUGUGUAAAAGGGUGAUCCACCAUUGAAAGAAAUCCUCUGUGUGCUUUUUUAAAAAACUAUUUAUUAUUGCCCAAGUAUGUAUCUGUUCCCUAAAAAACUUGGAGUAUUUUAUCAUACUAAACUGUAACCUUUGUUCAUUCUAGGUAUAACUUUGAUUCUUGGAGAGAAUUUUCAUACUUGGAUGAAGAAGAAAAAGAAAAGGCGGAAUGGUAUUUAAAUAUAAUUUGUUAUUUGAAAGGCACACUCCAUGCAUCAUAACCCAUACAGCAUGUUGUAGUGCUGAUGGCAUCUGCAGUGUUCUGGUGCCCCCUUCAUGACUUUUUACUUGGAGUCCACUUGGCGCUGCUCCUGGCCUCCUCUACUGCUCAGUGAGAGAUGGACGCUUUCUUCUGUAAAGAACCAUGGUGGUUCAUGGCUUAAGUGUGUGAGAGCAGUCGCCAAUGCUGAAGUCAGCUAACAGAAAUCUCCUGAGCAGGAGCUUCCAGCUGUCACUGAACUGUAGAUGAAGAGGAGGAGAGUGGACCCCCGAUACAAAGUCAAACCAUUAAGGCACCAAGGUACUCUUGGCAACAUAACCAUUAGAGCACACUUGGAGUAAAACUUUGCACAGAGUUAUUGUUCCUGUCGGAGGAAUAACUCCACCACAGGCAGCUUUGGUUAGCAAGACAUAAAUGAGAGUUUCAGGCUGGCUAAUGUCAAUGCAGAUCUCUUGCACAGAACCGCAUUAGAGGAGGCUUGGCAUCUAGCGGACCCAGGUAAGAGGCAAACCAUUGGAAAGUUAGAUGCCUCUUUACCAUGGAGGUGCGCAACGUACUCCCAGCAACAUAACUAGUACAUCUGGCUAUGGUGGAUAUGAUGAUUGCAGUAAGCAUUUCUGACAGAACCACAGUUCUGCCACUGAUAAAAAUGUUCCCACUUAAGAGCUGUACUUACUCUCCCUGAGGUUUCCCCUACCUUUCACAAGGCCCAGCUCUGAAGAGCGUCCGCAUUCCAAAUCUAUCCGGUGACCGUGCCACACAAGGAAAGCUACAAGCAGCCUAGAGGUCACUCUGGCCGCGUGUAACUUUCGAUCGGAAAUCAGCUAAGGCCGGCAGAAACUUUAACCAGGUGGUGAUUCAACACUGUGAGUGCGACGAGCUCUUUUUAACCCCUUAAGGACACAUGACGUGUGACAUGUUAUGAUUCCUUUUAUUCCAGAAGUUUGGUCCUUAAGGGGUUAAGGAAGUGGGGGAGUGCUAUCGGGGAAUAUAAGACAUGAAGGUUAUGUUUGUUUUUGGGAUAUAUUGUAAUUGUGCCCUGGUGUCUGGGGUGUAAUUAACGUAGUGGUUACUGAUCUAUUUAUCUCUCAGAGUCUGAGGUGCCAGGGUGGGAUUUUCAUAGUUUAAACCAUGGAUCCCCUGUUGUGUGACUUGUUCUUAUGCACCCUUCACUAAAUCUCAAUUAGUGUUUGGGUGAGGCAGCUAUAAUCACUCCAGGUAUCCAGCACUGAAAGAGAGGGACCCUUGAAAGAGGGUGGAGAACUGAGCUCUGUUAUACCAUUUAAGCCACAUACUCGCAUUGAUGUUGAUCAUGGAUGUAACGGAUCACCUGGCACCCCGACUGGGUACCUCCGUUGAAGGAUGCUCCUAGCGCUUCCUGAGGGAUCCAAGCACUCCAGCCGACUCCAUAACCACCAUAGAUUCCUCCAGAGAGCAAGGCAGGAACAAGCUCUUACAAGAGCUUAGUAGUGAUUUAGCAAGGGAGUGUGACUAGCAUAGCAAUCCCCUGUAGCAGAUUCCCCCAAUAAGAGACGGCACUCCAAAUUGAGGGUGGAGUAGAACUGAGGUUUUUAAUGACACACACUCUGCUUUUAUGCAAUUCUCCCUUGCAAGGGAGACGCUCACAGACAAUUAUGCAUUACCCAAUCGCACACUGGUUACAUCCCAACUAUCUCCUCCCCUUAGCCUGAGAGGUAACACAAUUAGCUGUACAGUUUAAAACAUACUUUUUACCCAACUUUCAUAACUCUAAAACUAUACAUCCAAUAUUAAUAAAAGUCACAUAUUAUUAAUCAGCAUAUUUCAAAUACAAACAUACCCAAAAAUCAUUCGAAUCUGUUCAGCCGUUCGGGAGAUAGAUAUAAGUCCCCUUUGACCGACCGCAAGCACAUUUUCAUGCCCAAAACAGUUCCAGAGAAUCAGGCUGUGCGGUCGGUGUAUUUCCCAUGUUAAAGUCAGUUCAAACAGACGAACGACAACCAUUCGAACUGUCGAAUCAUAGUUUUUCUACAGUCGACCCACAUUCAUGAUAAAAAAAAAAAAUCCCUCUUCUCACAACACAUGCCUACAAAAGUUGCCAUAACCAAGACACUUUAGAAACUGAAAACUGGUACAUCCUAAGUUACCCUAACAAAAUUAGAUUUAAAAACUACACAGAACAUGGUUUAGCAAAAAAUAUCUUUUCAGUAACGUGAUUCUUAUACUGGAUAAAAGCACGUUUUUUAUGAACAAAAAGUCACAGUGCAUACAUCUAAAAUAGAUUACAAACAAAAUUUUACAUACAACAACAAAAAGAUACAAUUUAAAUGGAUAAAAUGAAUAGUAACCCUUAAUAUUUGCUGUACUAGCAACAUACCAGUCUUUCGGUCCCAGGAUAGCUUUUGGUAAUGAUAAUCCACUUCAAGUCUGAUUUAGCUCUAAAGUGGAUUAAGUUUUUAGGUUUCAUCAGAUCAUUUAUACACUUUUCCUGCUCUUCUCAGGUUCUAAGGCCCUAUUAAGCAAGUUCAGUAGACCUCAAAACCACUGGCCAGUUGUAUAUGCCUCUACACUCGAACAGGGAUAUAAAACAUGUCUUAAUUGCUGUACUAACACCAACAACAUUUAUCCCUUUGUUUCCCAGACACAGUUAACCUCAUAAGUCUAAUAUGGCCAACUGUACUGGGUAACCAUUCCAUACAUCCACUACGUACAUCGUAUUGCUAAUUAUGAAGCAUACACCACACAAUCAUAUGUUGUUUCAUUUUGUUUUAAUCCUUUUACAGUCGUGACGAGAGGAGGUGGAUUGAGAAGCAGAACAGGGCUGCCAGAGCACAAAGGAAAAAAGAAGAAAUGAACAGAAUAAGAACAUUAGUUGGUAUGUAUGAUUGAUUUUUUCCUAUGUGUUUAGCAAUCAGUCACUGGUAUUGUGACUCCUAUAUACCAACCAAGAUAAAGUAUAGUAGCACAGGAAAUGCAUACUGAUAAGCAUAAAAAUAAUAUACACAGAUGCACAAAGUAAUAUAUAGCAAAAAUAAAGCUUUUAGUAAUUUUUUUUUUUUUAUCAGUGUUUAAAAAAUAAAUAAAUAAUAAAUUGUGGAUAGUAACAAAGCUUGAAAUUGAGUGAAAUGUGAUGACACCAAAUAAAGAAGCUUAACCCCUUAAGGACUGAGGACGGUUCAGGACCGUCAUCUGCAUUUUCCUAUUGCCGACCGGUGACGGUCCUGAACCGUUCUAACGGUCCUAGUUACUUACCUGAUCGCCAUUGCUCCCGGUGUGAGGAGACUGCCUGCAGCCCAGACAGUCUCCCCACACUGGAUUAGGACCCUUGUGGCCAUGUGAUCGCUUAACACAGCGAUCACAUGGUCACAAUAGGUGUCCAUGUGUCUGCCUGCAGGGGGACUGUCUGUGCUGACAGGCAGUCUCCCUGCUAGUGUAAAAAAAAAAAAUAGUUAGUGUUAAUAAAAAAUAAUCUCUAUAUAAUAUGUCUAUAUAUCAUAUAUAAAAUGUCAUACUAAGUGUAUUUUUAUAUUAAUAUGUACUUAUAUUAAUAUAAAAAUACACUUAUAAUUAAAUUACACGUGUGUGUGUGUAUGUGUGUAUGUAUAUAUAUAUAUAUAUAUAUAAUUAUUAUAAAAUAUAAAUAAUAAGUAAAAAAAAUUUUUAAUAUAUCUAUGAAAUUUUAUUCUAACUGUAUUUUAAAAUUAAUAUAUAUUUAUAUCAAAAUACACUUAAAAUGAAUUUGUAUAUAUAAAUAAAAAUAAUACGAAAUAUACAUAUGUCCAUAAUUACAUAAAUAAUUAUAUAAAUAUACACGUAGACUUCAAAUAUAUAAAUAUGCAUAUAUAUUUAAAUUCUACGUGCAUAUUUAUGUAAUAUUUUUACAUAAUUAAGUAAUUUUAUUGAUUGCAAUUUAAGGGACCUGCCUGCCAACCCAGGCCGAAACUCCAGAGAAUUUAAUUUGCUAGCACUGUAUUUUACCCUGUAACGUUCUACGACACCAUAAAACCUGUACAUGGGGGGUACUGUUUUACUCAGGAGACUUCGCUGAACACAAAUAUUAGUGAUUGGAAACAGUAAAACAUAUCACAGCGAUGAUAUUGUCAGUGAAAGUGACUUUUUUUUUUUUUUUGCAUUUUUCACACACAAACAGCACUUUUACUGAUGAUAUAAUUGUUGUGAUAUGCUUUCCUGUUUUGAAACACUAAUAUGUGUUCAGCAAAGUCUCCCAAGUAUAAAAGUACCCCCCAUGUACAGUUUUAUAGCAUUUUUGAAAGUUACAGGGUCAAAUAUAUGGGUCAAAUAUUUUUACAUUGAAAAUGGCCAGGUUGGUUAUGUUGCCUUUGAGAGCGUAUGGUAGCCCAGGAAUGAGAAUUACCCCAAUGAUGGCAUACCAUUUGCAAAGAAGACAACCCAAGGUAUUCCAAAUGGGGUAUAUCCAGUCUUUUUUAGUAACCACUUAGUCACAAACACUGGCCAAAAUUAGCGUUCAAUUUAGUUUUUUUACUUUUUUCACCCCACAAACAAAUAUGAAUGCUUACUUUGGCCAGUGUUUUCGACUAAGUGGCUACUAAAAAAGACUGAACAUACCCCAUAUUGAAUACCCUGGGUUGUCUACUUUAAAAAAAAUAUGUACAUGUGGGGUGUUAUUCAGAGAUUUAUGACAGAUAAUAGUGUUACAAUGUCACUAUUGAUAAAUUUAAAAAAUGUAUGUUUUGAAACCGCAAUAUCUACUUGUGCCUAUAACAUGCAAAAAAACACUGGGUAUUUUUAAACUCAGGACAAAAUUUUUGAAUCUAUUUAGCAGUUUUUUCCAUUUGCUUUUAUAGAUGAGUAAAAGAUUUUUCAAGUAAAAGUCAAAAAACAUGUAUUUUUUUUCCAAUUUUUCAUCAUAUUUUUUUAUUUUUUAAAUUAAAAUACAUGAGGUUAUAUAAAUAAUGGUAUGUAAAGAAAGCCCAUUUUGUCUUGAAAAAAACAAUAUAUAAUUUGUAUAGGAACAGUAAAUGUGAGAGCGGAAAAUUACAGCUAAACACAAACACCACAAAAGUGUAAAAAUAUGCCUGGUCGCAAAUGUACAACAUCGCAAAAACAGUCCAGUCCUUAAGGGGUUAAACAAAACAAUUAGAAUUUCUAUUGCAAUGUUAUUUUCUUGAUAAAUACAAAUUUUGUCAUGAAUCUGUCAGGUGAUUGUACUUGAACACUAGGUAUAUUUCAAAGAGAAAAUUACUGAACAUAAACAGUUUUAACUGAUACAUAAAGUCAAAAUGUCCUAAUUCUUAUCCUAGACAAUGCGUAUAGCAGCGACCCUAGAAUAAAGAAGUUCAAAGAGGAAGAAAAAGCCAGGAAAGAAGCAGAAAAGAAAGCCAAGGUUGAUGCCAGACGGAAAGAGCAGGAAGAAAAAGAAAGGGUAUAUGUUUACCUAUUUGUAUUUGACUAAAUAUAUGUGCAGAGUAUUUCAAAAUAUUUGUAUAUUUAUAAUGUUUAUUUAAUGGUCAAAAUAUAUUUAAUGGUCAAAUGAAAAAUAAUUGGAGCAAAUAUUUUGUCCAAAGUUUUGGAAAAUGUGGAAUUGGAGAACUCUUUCAAAUUAGGUAUUUGUAAAUGUUUAAUCUUACUCAUCUAUAGGCACCCAAAGCACUUCAUCACAUCUGGGUGCAGUGUUCCUGUUCCAUUAAAAUCUGUAAUGUGAAACAGUGUUAAGACUUCCUCUAGAGGCUCCUUCUAUAGUUUCACAGAGUUUGACUGUUUUGAAAGGACGCUGGACAUUCGCAAACUCGGCAUGAGGACAUCUAGUGUCUAGAAAAGUGGGUGGGGGAAAUGGGAGCAAGAGGGCACUGUAGUGUUUAAAAAAACGUUUUGUAUGUCUAACACUAUAAAUUUUCUUUCAACAAAAAUACAAAUUUAAAUUUUUAAAUUUUUUUUUCCUCUAACUCUACAGACAAAUUUUAAAUGAAGGCGUUGGCUUUAAUAGAGCUGCUUUAACAAGUCGUGACCUUCUUUUUUUUUUUUUUUUUUUUUGUACCUUGGUAAAUCUCUGCUUUGUGUAGAAAUGCUAGCUUGGCAGUAUAACAUUCAUUUUUUAUUAUGAAUUAUUAUCCAUUCUAAAUUUAUGAUCAGUAUGUAAGCAGGCAUUUGGUUAAAAAAGUGAUGAAUUGACAAAUCUGCAUAUUUUAGCAAAGACAAGCGGAACUGGAAGCUGUUCGACUCGCAAAGGAGAAGGAAGAUGAGGAGGCACGGCAACAAGCACAACUAGCAAAGAAGGAAAAAGAAAUUCAGAAGAAGGCAAUAAAGAAAGAACGGCAGAGACUGCGGACCUCUUGCAAAGUUAGUAACAUAGUAUAGUGCUUCUGUGAAUGACUGUUAUUUGUUCCUUUUGAUUAUUACAUCAAUUAUAAAAGAUUUGGCUUGCUGGGUACAAUUUAUUUAGCCCUGAUUAGAGGUAGGCUCCUAAGUAUAAGAGCCUAGUAAAAUUUACUAAUUCAACUUUGAGUGAUUUUACAACCCCCAUCUGUGCGUUAAAGAAAAAAAAAGUAAUUUUUUUUACCAAAAAUGCAAAUCACUGCAAGUAAACUCUACUUAUGUACUUUUUUUAUGCUCUUUAUAAUCUGUGCAUUUAUAUACACACAAUAAAAUGUUACUAUCCAAUGGCCACUUUUUUUUUUUUUUAUAUAUAUUACAAAUUAACAAGGAUUGUCAAAUUGUGGUUUAGAGUAGGUGCAUUGCUUUGUUCUCUUGUUACAUAAUUCUAAUUUUUAUUAACAUGCAGAAUUGGAAUUACUUUUCGGAUAACGAAGCAGAAAGUGUGAAAAUGAUGGAAGAAAUUGAAAAAUUGUGUGACCGCCUUGAACUUGCCAGGUAAUCCAUUGCUCCCUGUAAAAUGUGUUACAGGUUUAUAAUUAUAUGAUGCUUUCUAAUUUGGUUUUAUAGAUCUACAUUUCAAACUCUGGUUCCGCACAAUUUGAGUACAAUAAAAAUAAUCUAAAGAAUUACUAUUUUAUACAUCACUGGGCACCAGCAUUCCUAUACAAUUAAUUAGAUGAUUGGAUUUUUGGUACAGGUUCUUAUUUCUGCUACCAACCCUUUUAUCUAUGAGCUUUAUUAUUCUACCACAAUUUUUUUUAUACAUAACACCUUUAAAUUACUAGAUCUGCAUAAUAGGCAUUACUUUAGGAUUCCUGAUGUUUGACUUUUCUUUGAAAGUGUUCAUUUAUGAAGUUGAGAUUACAUAGAAGGAGCAACUAAAAGGCAGACUUUAUAAAUUAGCCUUGAAACUAAUUGUGUAAAGAGGAAUAUAUAUACUUGAUCAAAAUAUAUUCUGCAUGUAGAAAGGAGUAUUUUUAAUAGUGUGCAUAACACUUCAAAGCUAUUAGAUUUAAACAAAGACCCAGAAUUAUUCAAUGUUUAUUAAAAACUCUUUUUGGUGUGGCAAAAAUGAAAUAGAUUAUUUUUUUCAUUUUAUUUUCCUUUAUUGCUCAAAAGCUAGACUCCUAAAUUAGCAGAUAUUGUUCUGUGUACUUCUUACUGACCGCUGAUUUAGCUGUGUUUCAAAGAUUGACUGCAGCAAGCCAUGAUGUUCGAGGGUGAGAGACCUUAUUUGGGAUCCCCUCCUGGUUAAUUUGAUUUUAAUUGUAGCAUUUUGACUAUAAAAUUAUAAUCAGUUUGGAAGAGAAUAUUUGCUGGUCUCAUAUUUUUAUUUUAUAUUUUUUUUUCAUUCUUUUUAUGAAUUCUUUUUUUUUUUCUCCAUUUGAUUUUCCUCUUUCUAUUUUCACUUUUAGUUUACAGUCCCUGAAUGAGGCACUUUCAGCAAGCUCAAAAGAAGAAGGGAAAGUUGUUGUAGAAAAACAGGUACUUGCAGAGUUAUAUAUUCUACUUGUUUUAAGUGAAUUUCUAAGCACCAUAGCCACUUUACUUAACUGAAGUGGUCAUUAUGCCUUAGUCCCGUGGCAUCAUACCUCUGUUAAGACUUAAACAAUUCUUGAACAGUUGAACAAUGAAUGAAUGUCCCCAAACAUCUGCCCUUCCCUACUGCUUGAUACUUCUACAUUAUCCUACCAGAAAUAGGCAGCAGUAAGAGCCUCAGCGUGUCGGCUGGGUGCUCUCAGCCUAUCGCAGUUGCCCAUCACUGGUAUGAAUUGACUUGGCUAAUGCGGAGUUGUUCUGUGUAUUAUCCCUACUUCCAGUGGUUGGCGAGGCUUAAAGGAUCAUUGUCCAAAAUGUCUUAAUCUGUGCAGUGCUUUCAUAAAUCACUGCUUUGGACAACCAGUUUUAAUUUUACAGAAUUCUAACUGUGCUCACACUCAUAUGUUUCAAUAUACACACUUUGAUGCUUGGUUUGAAAUUCAAACCCGUAGGUAACUUUGUCUGUGCCUAAGUCAUGGCUUGAUGCUGAUGUCAGAGAAUGGCAAAGACUGGGACUAUAUGGAGUUAGGAGUUAUAGAGGAAGUCUAAGCACCAUAACCACUACAGACUGCUGUAGUGUUUUUUGCUGCCAGGCAUGCUGUGACGCAGACCCUGUAUUAAGUAGUCAAACCAUUUUUGCAUGUGGCCCUCUGAAUACCUCCACACCAACCCAGUCUACAGAUAUCACUAUGUGAUAGAUGCUUGGAGUAAUCCUUUACAUUAUUGGGAAGGAGAGUAAUGGGAUUCUUUACAAUGCCCAAUACAUCGUUUUAUGGGUCUUUUGUUUGAAGGCACAAGUGCUAUUUAUGCAGAUAACUCAAAUACAGUGCAAAAAUACUUUACAUCACCUUACUGAAAGCAACCAUUUUUGCCAUUAUCUUUAUUAAGGCACUGAUUUGACAUCUAAAAUGUUUUUUAUUACUAUUUAAGGAGUAGACAUUAUUUUGUAUACAAUUGCUCUCCCUCUGUCUGUGAUUUCCCUACUCCACGUUUGCAUUAUAUUUGACUGCAUGUGCAGUCAAUUGUGAGAAUUUAUAUAGUCUUAUUGGGGUUUGGCCAACAAAGUGAGAUAAUGGCAACAUCUUUCCCAUUUUUUUUUCUGGGAUUACAACAGCAUUUACUCCAUGAUAAUCUUUGAUUUUUUUUUUUUCCUCUUUUAGGUUGUUGAUGUAAAUGCCCAACUUAAAAAAGAAAAAGAACAGGAAGAGGCUCGUAUGAGACAAUCUACAAAAGGUUCAGAUCAGUCUGCUACAGGAGGAAGUGGAGGCAGCGGCAAGUCUUGGUCAGAAGAUGACUUACAGUUAUUGAUAAAAGCUGUGAACCUAUUUCCUGCUGGAACUAAUGCAAGGUAUAGUGGAAAAUCAGGAUGUCCAGUACAUCGAUGACUGCUUGUGAUAUAUUUUUAUGCAGUUACUAUAGCACCUGAUAUAUUCUUAUCGGGUGCUUAUAGUUACAUGUUGGCUCACUAAUGAUCUCUUCCAGAAGUGAACCAUUGUUUCUUAAUGCAUUCAAAUACAUGCAAAAACAGCACAAUAAAAUAUCAAUUUGCUGCAAAUACCCAGACUGUGCAUCUUUUGCAGAGGGUUUAAUAAACAGAGAAAAUGAUAGCAGCCACAGUAUUCUAUUUUCUCUUGAUACACAGAGGUUAUGGAAUAAGAUCAGCCUCCAUAAAACUGAUUGGAGCAUCUCAUCCUGGUGUGGAAGGGUGUCUGCCUACCCACCCACCAAGCAGUGUGUUUAGCAACAAUUUCCAUGUGUGCAUUUUUAUUUACAUUAGUUUGUAUUAUUUAGUGCAUUAUCUAUAUAAUGCAUUAACCCCUUAAGGACACAUGACAUGUGUGACAUGUCAUGAUUCCCUUUUAUUCCAGAAGUUUGGUCCUUAAGGGGUUUAACAAAUCUGGGGUCUGAUUGGAUAAACACUUUAACUACAUGUAAUGACACAGCAGUGUUAUUGGAGCAAAAAAGCAAACACUACAUAUUGGGAUUCAUUGUUAGAAAUGUCCUGAGCUUUUUACCUGACCUAUGUCUAAUUUUUCUGUUAUUUCCUCUGUCUGUUUCUCCAGAUGGGAAGUGAUUGCUAAUUACAUGAAUUUGCAUUCAGUUUCUGGGAUUAAAAGGAAUGCAAAGGAUGUCAUCAAUAAAGCAAAAUCCCUUCAAAAACUAGGUAAGCCUAUAUCCAAAGAGAAGAUUUCUGUGCAAAUAUGUGAAGUAUCACUUAUUUCAGUGUAGUUUUAAGAACAAAUGCACGUCUCUUUUUUUCCAGAUCCCCAGCAAAAGGAUGACAUAAAUAAGAAAGCAUUUGAUAAAUUCAAAAAGGAGCAUAAAGUUGUUCCUCAAUCUGUGGAUAAUGCUGUGCCUUCAGAGAGAUUUGACGGUAAGUGGUCAAGUCCGUUCCCAGUUUUGCACACGUUUAGUUGGGUAGGCUUCACUCACCGGGUUAUUCACCCCUCCAUGUUACUUAAAUUCUUUAGAGUUUCAAUUUAUGUAUAAGCAACGACAGACCGUAUCAUUUAAGUUACAAAUUCACAAAGUUUGUAGGACAUGUGGUACAAUUACAUAGUUGUAGAAUCAGUGGGUUAAGGCAGGGUGUUAGGGUAACCGGGUAGUUUGGUUAGGUUCUAGCAGCCAAGGCUUUAUUGUGGGUGGAGAGCCCAUACCAGGUAUAAACGCAGAAACAGGUACAUGUCUGGGCAACUGUUUGAAAGAUAUAGGUGUUUUGGGUAUAUCCUGUACCAGGACCUAAGUAACUGUGUGCAAAUCCCGGUGAGGGAGUGAGCCUGUGCCCUACCUGUUAUGAGUUCUGUAAUCUUAAUGUAAUUACUUUCAUAAUAUUUGCUACUGGGAAGUGAUGGGAGGGUGGGGGAGAGAUCUUAAAAGGUAAUGUGGGCAAAUUUAAACUGGGUUUAGAUUAUAUAUUUUUUUUAUGAACUUUUACAAAUGCUACAGUCAUAGGCAAAAAUAAAUGGCUACAUUACAGCACUUUUGUGGACAGCUGCAUCUCCAAAAUGCAAUCUCAUUCUCCUUGAAAAUACAGUAAUAUUGCAUUAACUGAAAUUCAAUUCUUAGCCGCAGUGAUUUAAAGGGUUAUUUGCAGUGCUCGCCUUAAGGGGCUGCAUACAGUUCAGCUGUCAGACAGAGGGGACCCUGGGGCUCCAUGGUACCAACAGGAAUUUAGGUGUUUGUUAUUUUUCAUAAUCCAGACCUGAGCAAUUCAGCCUUUAGUGAAUAAGCCACACAAUUGCAACAUCUGUAUGUUUACGCUGUGAUACUUAUUUCCAAGGCACAGGUUCAGACUCUACACCCUGGACCACUGAAGAACAAAAACUUCUAGAGCAAGCUUUAAAGACCUAUCCUGUGAAUACCACAGAGAGAUGGGAAAAAAUAGCAUCUGCUGUCCCUGGCAGGUCCAAGAAGGACUGCAUGAAGCGAUACAAGGUAAGGAUAUAUUUAUAGUGAUUCUCCUGUAUGAAUAAAUACAUUUAGAUACAAAUUCAAUUUGCAGAAGUUACAUAACUAUAGUGUCUAAACUUUAAUAGAUCUACCUCAGUGUUGCACCAUUUAAUCUACUACUAAAAUAUGUAUUUGCGCUUCAAAGAAUGGAAACCAAAAAACGUAAGGUAAAAAACCUGCCAGACCAAAAUGUGCAAAAGGUAAACACAUUUAUUAAGAAUAGAUCUAUCUCUGAACUAAAAGAUCAUAGUAACCAGUUCAGAAACUAACCAGCUAUCACAAAGUGAUUCUUACCACAAGUAUCUAAAUAGGCUAGGUACAGUAUAACUUGUAAAGCUGCAGCAUGUGGCAGCCUAGAGUGGGAGGGUUUAUCACUCCUAGAUCUGAAAAUGGUGGAGUGAAUACUGCAUAAACAAACAGGAUCAUAGAGAGAAUAAAAAGUGUGUAAAUAAAUGCAGCUAAAUAAGUAUACAGAGAUAUAAAAAUAAACAGUGCUAGUGCAGUAAGAAAGAAAAAAUUGAAUGUCUCCUAUAAUGAAAUCUCCUAAAAGUACGUGUGAGCAAGGGGCACAGAGAUGGAGGAAAAGCAGCGUUGAUUUUCUGAUGCUGUUCUUGCCACCUCUGAGACGUUGAAUAAGACAGUAUGUAAGGUCUUGAUAAAGUCUCUGAAUAGAGACAAAGCGCGUAGAUGCUCCACCUGACAAAAUUCCAAGAUUAGCCGGACCAUUUUCACUGUCUUAUGCCUUUAAUAAAGAUCCAGUCACUCACUACAUGUAUGUUGCUGCCCAAAUUUUCAAUAUAAUUACCCCUUUCACCAUUUAAUCAACAUGUAACGAAAGCAGAAUGAAAUGGCAAAAUGCUGUUAAAUCUUUUAUUAUAAUAAAAAAAAAAAAAUGGAGCAGUUUUGAGUUCUUAUUGUUUUGGUUUUCUUUUCAUAGGAACUGGUCGAAAUGGUGAAAGCCAAGAAAGCUGCACAAGAACAUGUUGUAAAUGCAAAAACCAAGAAAUGA